CCAACUGUGAACAAGUACGCAGCUAUAAAGUGCUGCGGUCGCUCUUACCAGAAGUGACUUUUUCUUUUUUUACAAUUCGCCAAUUGAGCGUUCACUACUUACUACUGCACUGUAAGAGCAGAUGAAAAUGGUGACUGGCUUCUCUAUACUGGAAUCUCACUGGUUUUCGUCUAGUCUGGACAUCAUUUGGUCACUCAUAUCUGGACUCGGGUAAAGAGCGUGGUGAUGAUGGGAGAUAUCUCUGCCGACCAGAGGAGCCCCUGCGCGGUGUUCUCUGCUUGGGUUUAAGUGGGUUAGAGGGGAUCUCUCUGGACUGCUUCCGCGCGUGAGGAGUACUUGCUGCAGUUACCCUAAAAUGAAGUUUGGAAGCGGCACUUGCAUUCUGAAUGUGGGUGGCACCAAAUAUGCGUUCCCCAGAGAUGUGAUCAAGGAUUUCCCUCUCAGGAGAGUCAGUCGGCUCCACGGCUGCGUGUCGGAGAAAGAGGUGCUGGAAGUGUGCGAUGACUACGACCGGGAGAGGAACGAGUUUUUCUUUGACCGACACUCGGAAGCUUUCGGCUUUAUCAUGCUCUAUGUGAAGUAUGGCAAGCUCCGCUUCGCCCCGCAGAUGUGCGAGCUGGCUUUCUACAACGAGAUGAUCUACUGGGGGCUAGAAAGCGCGCACCUGGAGUUCUGCUGCCAGAGGCGACUGGACGACAGGAUGUCCGAGACUUACACCUACUACUCAGAGGAAGACACGAAAACAGAGGACGAGCUGAGAGUGGAGGAAGAGGGCGAGCACCCGGCGGGACGGGGCAGAGGGAGCGCACAGUGGCUGGAGAGGAUGCGGAGGACUUUUGAGGAGCCCAUGUCCUCCAUAGCCGCGCAAAUUCUAGCAUCGGUGUCGGUAAUAUUUGUGAUUGUUUCCAUGGUGAUCCUAUGUGCCAGCACGCUGCCAGACUGGAAAACUGCAGAGAACAGAAGCGUGGACGAGCACAGGUACACAGAGCACUUAACGGACCACUCCGGGAUAAUCGAGGCGGUGUGCAUCGGCUGGUUCACGGCAGAGUGCAUCGUGCGAUUCAUCGUCUCGAAGGACAAGUGCAAAUUCAUGCGACGGCCCCUGAACAUCAUCGACAUGCUGGCUAUCGCCCCGUACUACAUCUCCGUGCUGAUGACGGGGCUGACCGGUGAGAACUCGCAGCUGCAGCGGGCCGGGGUGACCCUGCGCGUGCUCCGCAUGAUGAGGAUCUUCUGGCUCAUCAAGCUGGCCCGUCACUUCCUGGGGCUGCAGACCCUGGGGCUGACGCUGAAGCGCUGCUACCGUGAGAUGGUCAUGCUGCUGGUCUUCAUCUGCGUGGCCAUGGUCAUCUUUGGGGCUCUGUCCCAGCUGCUUGAGCAUGGGCUGGACCUGGACAUGGGUAACGAGGACUACGCCAGCAUCCCCGCUGCUUGCUGGUGGGUUAUUAUCUCCAUGACCACGGUUGGCUAUGGAGACAUGUACCCCAUCACCAUGCCCGGGAGGGUGCUGGGAGGGGUCUGUGUGGUCAGUGGCAUUGUCCUGCUGGCACUGCCCAUCACCUUCAUCUACCACAGCUUCGUCCAGUGCUACCAAGAACUCAAGUUCCGCUCCGCGCGAUGCGGCAGGAGCAUGUCUGCAGAGUUCUUAAACUGACCCUGAUGCUCCCCUACCCCUCAAGGGAGCCACAGUCUUAGAGGGUGCUUGAUUUAAUUUAAAAAAGACAAUGGCUUUGUCUUUCCUAGGAUGCCCCUGUAGUGUCUCUGUUUUUGUGGGUUGGGGGUUUAGGAACGGGAAGUAAAGACUCACUUACUAUGUUUGGAAUCUCCUUCAGAAAUCAGCAGUCUAACUGUUCAGCUAACACCAGGAAUGGAAGACUACUAGAGAGUAAAUCUGAAAGAAUUUCCUCACAGCCAUUUAAACCAUAUAUAGUUUUUCAUCAUAUUUAUUUACUAUGAAUAUAUACAAUAUAUUUUGGGAUUUAAUCAAAUGUAAUAAAUAGCAACACCUACAAACGUUGACUCAAGAGAAGGCUAUUGGCUUGAAAAGCACAAUGCAGUGUUAUUGCAAAUAUCAUGGGAUGAGAACUCACGAUCUGGUUGGCUAAAACACAGUGCAUAAUCCUGAGUAACCUGCGUGACACUUUGUCAAUGGAAGCUGGAGGGGCAGAGUGAAUAUCAGCUCACCUAAGCACUGUGCACUGCUGCUGUGGAAUAACCUUUCAGCAUCUACACAUGAAACCCCUCCUCCAGACUCGUGCGGCUGUUCCCAGCAGCUACACUGACAUAAAUCACCAGCAAUGCUCUGUAGGCCAAGAACACUCUUCCUUGUCGCCUUUACCUGCCUCAUUGUCUAGUUGCUCCACGGCAGCAGUGCAAAGUGGUCAAGUGCCUUCUUAAUCACCCAGUGUGCAAUAUCCCUACACACCACAAAAACAAAACCUUAGAUACAACACAACAAAUUCUAUCUGCUUUGUCCAUGACAUACCAAAGCAAUAAUGUUGAACAUCUGGAGUGAGCAGAAUUAUGGGGUGGCGAACACCUGGCGAUUCUCUCUGCUGGGAAUGAUUGCUUCGGUUCUGAGAGAGGUUACCGGACUGCUCUGUGAUUCAGCUCAUUGCAGAUACAGAGGGUACUGCUGCUAUUGAAGGUCAAUGUGAUGUAUCUGAGGCUUCACUGUUCUCCUUGUGGUCUGAAGCCCAGGUAUUGCUUACAGCUUCUGUGUGCGAUGAGACGUCAGAUAGGUUGCAAGGAAUUACGUAGUAGCUUUGAGCCAAUCAGAUUUUGAGUUUUCAGUCCAGUGACUUAACAUGAUUUCCUCACCCUUGAAAUAUAAACCUAUACAUAUAUCUGCAUUGCACUCUGAAGAGCUGUGGGUUUUCUGCACUUUGAGAGUCAAGCCAGAGACUGGAGUGUACUCAACAAAGAGAUCAGCAGCAGUCACUGGCAGUCCAGGGUCCGAGAGGUGCUUCUUCUGGUUUGAUAAAGAGUGUUGGAGUCUAAUCAACAGAUGAGCAGCGGCAUGUCUGAUCAUUAUAAAGGGUUCCCUCUGUGAAAAAAACAACAGCUUUUAACAGUACAGUAAACGUGGACUGAGUUUUUCCGAACCUCCUACUGCAUGUUAAAGAAAGUACAAAGCCAGUAAAUGUGCCUGUCCCAGGAAACCAGCAGGUCUUGGGACUUCCAGGAAGAACAGCAUGGCGUUGGUGGACAAGGGACAAGGGACAUGCUUGUUAUUUAUUUAUUUAUAUGCAUUUGUGUUCAUUGAUUGAAUCUGCCCCUAGGACUGAUUAUCUAAUUGGAAGGGUGUGAAGGAGGCUCCAGUCAUUGUGUUAGUUAGUUUGUUUCAUAAUGCUGUAUAUACAAGGGCAGAAACCUGUUCAAAGAUCACACUCUGUCCGAAUCCGAGUUACUAGAGAAUCAACAUGCUUCAAUGUGCUUAUAUGUUAAUAAAUAGUGUAUUUUUCUAAGGGUUGAGACGGCACUUUAAUGUUAAAGCCCAAUUUUUGUACUUUAAUAACUUCGACCCUGUUCAAUUGAUUUGCACGAAAUAUUGCAUGUGUGAUGUCAUGGGUUAGAUCUCUUGAUUCCGCUCGGAUGGGCGGAUUCCGAAAUCUGGAUUAUGAGAAAAUGUAGAAAAUCAGGUUUGAGUUAUCUAUACCUUGAUUUCUGACUGUGUUGAUUGAAAUCUGAACAUUGACUGUGAAUACAUUCUGUAUGGGAAUACAGAAAUCACUCAAUUGUAAACAAUAUGGCACUUGGAUUUUCAUCAAAACAGUCGGAAACUUUCGUAAAGAUGUAAGUCUCUGUUCGAGCCUGUGAUCUCAUGACGACCCGUCACAAGCUGUACAUGAAAACGCACCUUGAUCAGUGGAGCCGCUGGGUAGUGCGUUCAAAACAGAAUCCAGGUCCUCUUGGAUCCCAUAUGCAUGUAAAUCCAGCUAAUUAAAAUGUGCUAAUGAGAUGCAUAUUAUAGAUUUUCUUGUUGUUAGACAUAUUUGUUAAAAGAGCCAUCACAGCCUCAUGUUAUGGAUUUUCUUGUUGUUACUGCAUCUUGUACAGCACUUUGUGAUGGUGGUCCACUAUGAAAGGCACUAUAUAAAAUAAAGAUUGAUUGAUUGAUUGAUAAUCUGGAGCAUGUUACAUUGCAGCUGGUCAAUAAAGAAAAGGUUUCCCCAUUAAGGGUUACACAGUAACCACGUCCUAACUAGUAAUCGUUCAGGAGACUCAUCAAAUGUUUAGAUGUUUUCCUGUUGGUGUUUAUAACUAAUUACCCUAUUUGUUUCCUGUACCGAGGUUGAACUGCCUGUUACAAUGCUUUAAACUGUGGAUACAGAGGCACUACAUAAUCAGAAGGGAUCUGAGAUGUAUUCAACAUAGUGUGGCUGAAUGAAGAUGAUGCUGUGUUAUAAUAAUGCUGUAGCACUCUGCAAUACACAUGCACCAUCACUGAUAAUGAUAGUGAAGUUUAGGACCCUUUAAUGGUCCUGCUAUUACCGCUGUUACAGACAGGGGUGCAUGUGCCACCUCAGUCUGGGCCUGACCCUAACAAGAAAGGGCCUGUUUCUUAGCAUGCUAGGAACCGUACAAGAGGUUACUGUAGUGCACCAUGGGAUAUGGAAGUAUGGUCAAGCAGAGAAAGGCUUAGCACUCUAGGAACCUUACAAGAGGUUAUUGCAGUGCACCAUGGGAUACAGAAGUGCGGUCAAUCAAAGAAAGGGUUAACAUGCUAGGAACCUUACAAGAGGUUAUUGCAGUGCACCAUGGGAUACAAAAGUGCGGUCAAGCAGAGAAAGGGUUAGCAUGCUAGGAACGCUAUGAGAGGUCACUGCAGGUAAGCGUGGUAAAUCACAGAAAAGCAUGAUAAAGCCUGGUAAAGGAUGGUUAAUAACAUAGGAAUUAUCAUGCUAAACCUUUGUAAGGAGACCAGAAUAAUAGUCCUACCUGCUAAUACUUUAGAAAUUGGCUCUAAUAUAUCAGGCAAAAAGAUCUCUGUUGUUUGGACUUUUUACAAAAAACUGAAUGAAGUAAAAAAAUGGUUAAUAUUAUGCAAUUAUUGAGAAACAGCUUCCGAACACACAAAGAUUUAGGAACCCUUAAAUUACAAUUCUGAAUAUUUCUACCAUUUUAAAACACGUUAGGUCAAGGUUAUACAGGUUGUGAUCCAGUGAAAAGAUUCCUAUGUCACUCAAACCAAGUCCAUAUUGCAGAUUGUAUUGCUUCCCAUUUUCCAAGCUUUGUUCCAUUAACAGCCUGUUUGCUCUUUUGGAACUUGCAUGGGAGCCAAAUAUUAGUGCAUGUGGCCCUUGAAAGUGUUUCUAUUACUGCAUUAGUGUCUACCCUUGCAUGUAUUACUGCAUUAGUGUCUACCCUUGCGUGUAUUACUGCAUUAGUGUCUACCCUUGCGUGUAUUACUGCAUUAGUGUCUACCCUUGCGUGUAUUACUGCAUUAGUGUCUACCCUUGCGUGUAUUACUGCAUUAGUGUCUACCCUUGCGUGUAUUACUGCAUUAGUGUCUACCCUUGCUUGUAUUACUGCAUUGCACUGUACUGUAAGACAGAGUCAGUUACCACUGCAUUGCCUUCCGGAUACCUUUGAACUGUUCAUACAAGCCCACUAGAGGGGGAUUCAAUCAAAACAAAUACAGCGCCACAUUAUGACUCCUGUUAUUUCUGUUCCAUAGCAAUAUUCAAUCCAAAUGCUAGACACAG